AUGGGGAUAAAAAUCUCGUUAGUGGGAUGUUUUAACUCAAUAUUCCUCAUCCCUAUAUACAAAUACCAAGAUCGCAAUGAUGGGUCCAACGAAAGCGAUACUAUGCAGUCGUGGAGUCUAGGUAACCUCCUCAAUGGUGACUCGGCGAUGAUCGCUACCCUCUUGGCAUCUUAUUUAUUCUAUGGUUACUCUAUGUAUCUCAUUUAUCAUGAGUUUAGUUGGUAUCUACGCAGACGUCAUGAAUUUCUGGCUCGCAAGAGUUUGGAAAAUUACACGAUAUUUGUGCGUGGCCUGCCGCAGGAAUUGCGUUCGAAUCAAGCAUUGAGGAAUUUCUUCGAAGAAGUCGCCCCUGGGAAGGUAUUGGAUGCUCGAGUGGCUCUGGACAUUGACGAUCUGGAGAAGCAGGAAGCAGAUAGGAGUAAGAUUAUACCCAAGCUGGAGCAUGCUUAUAAUGUUGCCGAGUAUGAAGGGGAGCGUCCAGAGAUGAAGAUUAAGAUGUGUGGUAAGGAGAAGAUGGACACUAUCACAGUAUUGGAGAGACGACUAGCUGCAUUGAAUCGAUACUGUGAGAGGACUGUCCGAUCAGCGGAGGACUUCCAAGAGAAGGCUGAUGAGCUGUUCCGGGAGCAACUAGAGGAAAAGGAGAAGAGGGAAGAGGAAGCUGAGCAGGGAUUGAGUAAGCAGUUGAUUAAUCUAACUAAGGCCCCUGUGAAUAUCGUUAAGGAUGUUGCUGAUAUAGUACCUCUACCUAAGGCUCUAAUGCCGACUAACCUCCUACCCUUUGGAGAGAAGCCUGCCUUCCAGACUAGAAGUGACGGUUUUGUAACUUUCCGUUCAUUAAAGGCCUCUAUGUCGGCUUUACAGAUGGUGCAUUCAGCUACACCAUUCAAGUUGUAUGCUAUGCCGGCUCCCCUGCCAGAUGACGUGUUCUGGGAUAAU